AUGUUUAAGUAUAAGCACUAUGACAACACUAGCGAUUUGCCACAAAAAAGGAAGCCAAAUUGGAAUGCCGAUGAAACCCUUACGUUGACUAAUUUAAUCGAUGAAAAUAAGCGUAUUCUUAGAGGGAAGUUGGGUCCAACACUGACGUCGUACAUGAAGGCUCGUACGUGGCAAAGUAUUGCACAAACGCUGACUGCAAUGGGCGUUGGUCCAGCUAGAACAGCAGCAGAGGUGGAAAAAAAAUGGCACAAUAUUUUUUCCAAAUCGAAAUCGGAAAUAUCCGAUCAUAGGAUAGGUACGACUGGGACAGGUGGUGGUCCUCCUCCAAAGGCACUAAGUGCAAUUGCUGAGGCUGUGUCCAGUGUUGUGGGGGAAAAUAACACUUGCCUGACUGGUAUUGGAGGAGGUGCAGACACUACACUCAUACAGCUAGGUCUUCUAGGAGAGGAACCAUUGGGCAUUCAUGUUAUUGAAGGACCAUCCGACACAGUGUCAUGUUUUGUGACUCCACCACCACCUCCUAUGCCAAGUACAUCCACAUCCACUUCACGCCUAGUCUCGAGGACCUCCAGCACUACUGGGAGUACAGACCUAAAGAGAAAAAUUGAUGAACUUACUGUGAGGAAGUUGGAGCUCGAGGUGGAAUAUUAUGCGCUCAAAAUCAAGAAGGCAAAUGGGGAAGAGUAA